AUGUGGCCCCGUCCAUCAGGGGGACAUGUCCAAGUAGAGGAGGUGAGAUUUUACAUCGUAGCGGCUUUGCGCGCUCCACAGAGGAAGGCCGAGCCCGGGGAAAGCUGGAGAAAGUCUGCAAUCAUGAGUUCUGCGGAGAACAUUCAAUUAGUGUGUGAAGGGAAGAGGCGAGUGACGGAGCCUGAGGGGCCGUGGACGGAGCGCGACAUGAAAGAGGCUGUUGUCGACCGCGCAGACAUGCAGAUAAAAGCGAGAUGCUCCACAGCUACACAACACUCUCAUUAUGGAGUCAAAGCCCCCCCUGUGCCUAACUACUGUCCCCCGCUGAGCCACACCACUGUCCCCAGCUCUGGUCGCUCUGCCCCGGGCCCUGAACGCAUAGACAUGAAAGCGCAUUGGCACAUGAAGGGAAGUACACACGGCACCUUAUUAGCCUCCAUCCUUAGCGACCCAUUAGCAGCCUUAACUGAGGUCAAGGGGGUCAGCCAGCUGCUCGGCCUCAUGCACGCUCGAUGA